CCCCGACGCUGGAAACUUUGCGGGCGGCGCAGUCGGUAGCGGCGGCCGCAGCGCCGGGCACCCAGCGCCGGGCACCCAGCGCCGGAGCCGGCGGGGCCCCGCACGGCCCAGCCCAGCCCCGGAGGGCGGGGGCACCGCGGCCCUUGCCUUGCCUCCGCGCCGCCCGGCCAUGCGCGCCCGCUGAGCCGCAGCGGAGGCGGCCGCCUUGCAGUUUGCUCCCGUUUUAAUUCUAUAUAUAUAUAACUUUUUUUGUGUGUAUGUGUGUGCGUGGAUUUUGUUUUGGGUUGUGCUUUUAUUUUUAAUUUUUUUAAUUUUUUUUUUUUUUUUUUUGACGCUGCCCGCCGCGCUCCGCGGGCGCCAGGCGGAGGCCGCGGCCCGCGGUGAGGGGCGGGCGAUGGGCGCGGCGGCGGGCGGGCGCUCCGCGGGGCGCUGAGCGGGCGCGCAGCGGGCGCGGGGCGCGCCAUGGCCGCCAAGGACAACCCCUGCAGGAAGUUCCAGGCCAACAUCUUCAACAAGAGCAAGUGCCAGAACUGCUUCAAGCCCCGCGAGUCCCACCUGCUCAACGAUGAGGACCUCAACCAGGCCAAACCCAUUUAUGGUGGCUGGCUGCUGCUGGCCCCGGAAGGAACGGACUUUGACAACCCCGUGCAUCGCUCCCGGAAAUGGCAGCGCCGGUUCUUCAUCCUCUACGAGCAUGGGCUGCUGCGCUACGCCCUCGACGAGAUGCCGACAACCCUCCCGCAGGGCACCAUCAACAUGAACCAGUGCACGGAUGUGGUGGAUGGGGAGAGCCGGACAGGGCAGAAAUUCUCCUUGUGCAUCCUGACACCGGAGAAGGAGCACUUCAUCCGGGCCGAGAACAAGGAGAUCAUCAGCGGGUGGCUGGAGAUGCUGAUAGUCUAUCCGAGGACAAACAAGCAGAAUCAGAAGAAGAAGAGGAAGGUAGAGCCCCCGACUCCCCAGGAACCCGGUCCUGCUAAGAUGGCCGUGACCAGCAGCAACAUCCCCAGUGCGGAGAAGGUCCCUGCCACCAAGUCCACACUUUGGCAGGAAGAAAUGAGGGGCAAAGACCAAGUGGACGGGGGCAGCGGCAUCAGCCCGGCACAGAGCCCGGUGCAAGGCCAGGCCGGGGCUGCCAGCUCCCUGAAGGAUCCCGUGCUGGACAGCAAGGAAGAUGAGAGCUCCAUGAACGGAGACCGGAUAGACUGCGGGAGGAAGACACGCGUCGAGAGCGGGUACUUUUCCUUGGAGAAGACCAAGCAAGACUCGAAGCUGGAAGAGCAGCAGCUGCCACCCCCGCCGAGCCCACCCAGCCCCAGCACCCCAAACAACAGGUACAGUUAUCCCAAAUCGCCCUCGCAGGAGCAUGCCCAGCCCUUUCCUUCCCCAGGUACCCGAUCAGGCGACCGAAUGAUUCACAGCUUCUCUCUGAACUCCUUGGACUCGAAGAGCAGUUGCCCCAUGCACAAGGACUCCAGCAGCAGAGAUGUAGGAAGGGGAGCUGAAAAAUCGGGGCGUCCCCUUUCUUUUAAAGCCAGCCGGCAGUACACCACCCUGGCCGACGUUCCCAAGGCCAUUAGGAUCAGUAAUCGUGAGGCCUUCCAGGUGGAGAGGAAGCGGCUAGAGCGGAAAACCCGGGCCCGUAGCCCUGGGAGAGAAGAAGUGGCCCGGCUCUUUGGCAAUGAGAGAAGGCGAUCCCAGGUAAUUGAAAAAUUCGAGGCGUUAGAUAUUGAGAACGCGGAACACAUGGAAACGAAUGUGUCGGCCAGUGCUGCCCUUUCCAGUGAGACGCGGCAGGGCAGGAGUGAGAAGAGGGUUUUCCCGCGGAAACGGGACUUCACUUGUGAAGGUGCAGCUGUGGGCUCCAUCCUGGAUGUGUCUGCGUCUCCUCUGUCCCCGCAUCGCCGGGCAAAGUCGCUGGACAGGAGGUCCACGGAGUCCUCUAUGACGCCCGACCUGCUGAACUUCAAGAAGGGAUGGUUGACAAAGCAGUACGAGGAUGGGCAGUGGAAGAAGCACUGGUUUGUGCUGACUGACCAGAGCCUGAGAUACUACCGGGAUUCAGUGGCAGAGGAGGCAGCUGACCUGGAUGGAGAAAUCGAUUUAUCCACGUGUUAUGAUGUUACUGAGUACCCAGUUCAGCGAAACUACGGCUUCCAGAUCCACACAAAGGAAGGGGAGUUCACCCUCUCUGCCAUGACAUCAGGCAUUCGCCGCAACUGGAUCCAGACCAUCAUGAAGCACGUUCGUCCCACCACUGCUCCCGAUGUAACAAGCUCUCUGCCGGAAGAGAAAAGCAAAACAAGCUCUUCCUUCGAGACUGGUCCGAAGCCGAGCGAGAAGCCAGAUGCGGAGCAAGCUGAGCUGGACCCGGAGCAGAAGCGGAGCCGUGCCCGGGAGCGCCGGCGAGAAGGACGUUCCAAGACCUUUGACUGGGCUGAAUUUCGUCCCAUCCAGCAAGCCCUGGCACAGGAGCGUGCAAACGCUGCAGACUCCUCCAAGAGCGGCUCUGCCGCCUUCUCCAGGGACGCCGGUGCCACCGAUGCCGACCCGGGCGAGCUGGAGCGGGAACGGGCCCGGCGGCGGGAGGAACGGCGCAAGCGCUUCGAGAUGAUCGAUGCCGUGGACGGGGCAGGGUCGGAAGAGGCACUAAGGAUGGAGGUGGACCGGAUCCUGCCCGUCCCGACGGACAUCAAACCGCAGAACGUCCACGUGGAGAUUGAGCAGCGCUGGCACCAGGUGGAGACCACCCCGCUGCGGGAGGAGAAGCAGAUCCCCAUCGCGCCCCUGCACCUCGCCCACGCCGAGGACCGGGACGAGGGGCUGACGAAGCAGCACUUGACCACGCUGCUGGAGAAGGAGCUGGAGCAGAAGCAGAAGGAGGCCUUGGAGCUCCUGGAGCAGAACCGGCACCUGCAGGACCAGCUGAAAGUGGCACUGGGCCGGGAGCAGAGUGCCCGGGAGGGCUACGUGUUGCAGACCGAGGUGGCCGCCUCGCCAUCAGGUGCCUGGCAGAGGCUCCACAAAGUCAACCAAGACCUCCAAAGCGAGCUGGAAGCCCAAUGCCAGCGUCAAGAGCUGAUCAAUCAGCAGAUUCAGUCGCUGAAGCGCAGCUACGCCGAGGCCAAGGACGUGAUCCGGCACCACGAAGCCGAGAUUCAGAGCCUGCAGGCGAGGCUCAAUAACGCGGCAGCCGAGCUCUCCAUCAAGGAGCAGACCCUGGCCAAGCUCAAGAGCGACCUGAGGAGUGAGAAAGAGAAAGCCAAAGAGCAGCUGGAGGAGUGGCAGCACGGCGAGGCCACGCUCAGCUCCCAGCUGAAGGCCAGCGAGCAGAAGCUGAAGAGCGCGGAGGCUCUGCUCCUGGAGAAGACCCAGGAGCUGCGGGACCUGGAGAUGCAGCAGGCUUUGCAGAGGGACCAUCAGAAGGAGGUGCAGCGGCUCCAAGACAGGAUCUUGGACCUGAGCAGGCAGCUGAACGCUAGCGAGCAAGCGCAGAUCCUCAUGGAGGAGAAGCUGCAGAAGAAUUACGAGGCUUUGCUGGAGAGCUGCGAGAGGGAAAAGCAGGUUUUAAUACGGAGUCUGAAGGAGGUGGAGGAUAAGGCCAACGAGUACGAGAACCAGCUGCAAAAUAGCGAGCAGCAAAUGGAGAUUCUGCAGAAGGAGAAACUGAGCGCAAAGUUUGAAGGCAGCGAGCUUGUCCACCAGCUGGAGGAGCAGCUGGUGAUGAAGGAGGCCAGCAUCCAGAAACUGGCAGAGCACAUCAAGGAGCUCGAAAGAGAGAGAGAUCAGAUCAAAUGUCGGUUCCACGAGCUCAUGAAUCAGGUUGCCGAGUCGGAUAAUGAAGUGGCAAAGCUGCAAGCAAAGUUGAAAAUGGAAGAGACCAACUACCACAAUCUGGAGCGAUCGUUUGAGGAGGUGUCGGAUCAGUUCCAGGGUGUGCAGAAGGUGCUGAAAGAAAAAGAAGAGGAGCUGAGACACGUUAAGGAAAUGCACUUGAGAAUUGUGGAGAAGAAAGAUCAAGAUCUCAGUGAGGCUUUGGUUAAAGUGGUUGCUUUAGAUAGCAGUUUAGAGGAGACUAAAGUAAAGCUAAAGGCCAAAGAGGAGGCCUUAAAGAAAUUAGCUAGUGUAGGCACAGGUCCAUGUGCUGAGGAGGUAGAAGACCUUGGCCCCAGUCUCGAGUCUGACGAAAGUCAUCCGUCCCAACUGGGGCAGCCUCUGCAAACUCAGGAUGUCCUCCCAGCUCUGACUUGUGCACUGAAGGAGGAGGAGGAUGAGGUUCUUGAGACCAGCCAGAGGCAAGCGGAGGAAUUUGGUUCCCCAUCCAAAACUGUAGAGCUCCAGGACCAAGAGUUGGUUCAGAAAGCCUUAGCAAAGCCUGAUGUAGGAAUCGUGGGGACCAAGAGGCAAAGAAUCCGUUUCUCAAGCAUCCAGUGCCAAAAAUACAUCCACCCAGACGGAUCGGAGAAAAACUGGACGAGCAGUACCUCUUCAGACACGAGCCAAGACAGAUCACUGUCUGAGGAAAGCAUGUCAUCAGAGCCAGCUCUUGGUUACCCAUCGUCAGGGACAAGUGACUCUGAGACUUAUCUCUCAAUCAUCCAUUCCCUGGAAACCAAACUUUAUAUUACAGAGGAAAAACUCAAAGAUGUAACGAUGAAGCUUGAAAGCCAGCAUGGCCAUAAUCAGGAGACGCUCAUUGCUCUCCACCAUCAGUGGGCCAGCACAGAGUCUCAGCUGCGGGAACAACUUCAGACCAGCUUAUCCCAAGUCAGUGCUUUGAUCUCACAGCUGGAGAGUGAGAGGCAGGAAAAGUUCAAGCUCAUAGAAAAUCAUGUUAGCGAGCUGGGAGGUUUCCAAAUGAAAAAUGAUCAAGCGCUGACUUGCUUAGAGAAGUGUAGGGAGCAGCUAAGAUCUUUGCCCAAAUCAGACAAGGAAAAAGAGGGUGAUUUGUUCCUUGUUACUCUAUCCAGCAUGGAAACAACCUUAUCAGACGCAAUCCAAGCUUUGAGAGGGGCGCCAGUCCCAUCGGAGUAUCAGGAGAAUGAAAACCUUAACGCUGAAAGCCCCGCUCCAGAAGGAGUUUUUCUGGGAGAAGAGCAACAUGUCUCCAAGGAGCGGCAAGUGGAAAUGUUUGACGCCAGCCAGCUGAGAUGGCUUUCUGAGAGAGUGGCAUUUGAGGCCUCUCUCAUCAACCAAAUAGCGGAGUCUUUGAAAAAUGCAAGCUCUGAGAUAUCUCAGCUUCUGAGAGAGAUGCAGGGAACGGCUGAGGUGGUUUUGUUGGAGCCAGCAAAUGUUUCUCGUACAGCAGUUGACUUGGCCAGCGUCCUAUCUAAGAAGCUGCUGCUGGAAGGGGAGUUCUGGAGCCAGGUGGAGGAGCUGAGAGUGCACUUGAGUACCAGAGAAGGAGAAGCCGAGGGCAAAACAGAAACAACAGGCUUGGGCUUUUCUCCAUGUUUUCUCAGUGCUGUAGCAGAUGCUACGUUGAUCAAGUCAGAACUUGGGUUUGUUGCACAGAAAAUGAGAGAAUCUUUUCAUCAGAGAUUAAAAACAAUCGAAGAAGACCUCCAUAAUACCAAAACAGCUCUCCAGCAGCAUAAAUGCAUGUUGGAGGAGAUCCUCAAAGCAUACAGGACUCCUGAUUUUGACAGUGUUAUGCACCAUAUUUCUGAAGCACUUGAAAUUCAGAAAGAUGCUUCAGAAAGAACCCAGAUCUCCUGGGAUGGGAGCCGUCUCCAAAUGGUGCCGUGUCAGGAAUUAGCCAAGGUGGAGGAGGUUGGCAGCCUGCCGGACCAUAGUAGUGAAGCUCUUGUCUCCAUUCAGGAAGAUCUUGCCCAACAACUAAAGGACAAAUCAAAUGUUCUGAAGGAGAUAUCUGUUGCCUUACUGUCUCUGCCUCCUGAGGAGGCAAUGAGAGACUGUCAGAAGCUCCUGAAGAUAUCUCAGAGUCUUUCAUAUCAUUCGUGCAUGGGAGACCUUGAACGGUAUUCCUCUUUGUUAGUCCAUGAUGCAAUUGUUCAGGCUCAGGUUUGUUAUGCCGCUUGCAAAGUCCGACUGGAGUACGAGAGAGAGAUAAAGUCCUACAAGGAGUCCUUACAGAGCAUGGACGCGCUCUGCCAAGAGCGUGUGAAGACGGUCUCUCUCCUUCGGGACGAGUACGAAGACUUGCUUAGGAAGCAGCAGGGUGAGUACAGCGAGGUGAUCGCCAUGCUUGAAAGGGAGAACGCUGAUCUCAAAGCAAAGGUGUCCCAGCUUGACAGUCAGCGAAGGCUCUUGGAGGAAGAAGAGCAUAAACACAGCCAGAGCUUGAGUGAGUUACAGGGACGGUACGAGGAGGAGAUUCGAAACGUGAUAGAGCAACUAAACAGGACAGAGGAUGCUCUGAAGGCUGAGAGGACGGAGGGCCUCAGCCAACUGGAUGCCAUUGUCCGUGACAAGCAGAACAUGGAGCGGUAUCACCUGGAGCAGAUGCAAAUGCUGGAGGACAAGUUCCAGGCCAAGAUCAAGGAGCUGCAGGUCAUCCACGGCGAGGAGCUGCAGGCGCUGCAGGAGCACUACAGCCAGAACCUGCAGCGCCUGCAGGAGACCCUGGACGAGUACCAGAGGCAGCACCCAGAGGUGUCCCCCGCGGCGGGCACGGGUGGCGGGGACACCUGGGUGGCCGGUGAGGCGGGGGGCACCGGCCAGGGCCCCGGCAGUGACCUGGACUCCAUGCAUGGCCUGAGGGAACGCAUCCAGGAGCUGGAGGCCCAGAUGAACGUCAUGAGGGACGAGCUGGAGAACAAGCACCUGGAGGGGAACGCUUCCACCUUGAGGGAAAAAUACCAGAAAGACUUUGAAAACUUAAAGGCAACAUGUGAAAGGGGCUUUGCAGCCAUGGAGGAGACACACCAGAAGAAGAUCGAGGACCUGCAGCGGCAGCACCAGCGGGAGCUGGAGAAGCUGCGGGAGGAGAAAGAUCGCCUGCUGGCAGAAGAAACGGCUGCCACCAUUUCAGCCAUCGAAGCCAUGAAGAACGCACACCGGGAGGAGCUGGAGCGAGAGCUGGAGAAGUCCCAGCGCUCCCAGAUCAGCAGCGUCAACGCCGACAUCGAGGCCCUCCGAAGGCAAUACCUGGAGGAGCUGCAGUCGGUGCAGCGGGAGCUGGAGGUGCUUUCGGAGCAGUAUUCUCAGAAGUGUUUGGAGAACGCCCACCUGGCGCAGGCGCUGGAGGCUGAGAGGCAGGCCCUCCGCCAGUGCCAGCGGGAAAACCAGGAGCUCAACGCCCACAACCAGGAGCUGAAUAACCGCCUGGCUGCGGAGAUCACGCGAUUGCGGACCCUGCUGACCGGGGAGGGCGGGGGAGAGGCUGCUGGAUCGCCUCUCACGCAGGGCAAGGAUGCCUACGAGCUGGAGGUCCUGCUCCGGGUCAAAGAAUCAGAAAUCCAGUACCUGAAGCAGGAGAUCAGCUCCCUCAAAGACGAGCUUCAGACAGCACUGAGGGAUAAGAAAUACGCCAGCGACAAAUACAAAGACAUCUACACGGAGCUGAGCAUCGUGAAGGCCAAGGCAGACUGUGAUAUCAGCAGGUUGAAAGAGCAGCUGAAAGCAGCCACAGAAGCUCAGGGAGAGAAAUCCCCUGUGAACACCACUGUAUCGGGAUAUGAUAUUAUGAAAUCAAAAAGCAACCCUGAUUUCUUGAAGAAAGACAGAUCCAGUGUUAGCCGGCAACUAAGGAAUAUCAGGUCAAAGUCCGUUAUUGAGCAGGUCUCAUGGGAUAACUGAAAUGAACCCGAGUCCAGGUUCCCUGCCACGUAGAGUCUGAAGGAAGGCCUGACUGUGCAAGAACGCCUGAAGCUUUUUGAAUCCAGGGACUUGAAGAAAGACUAGUUCUCCCCGCUCCGCUUGACCACGCGCACCUCCCAGCUUGAGGCAGCACAGCACCAGCACCGUUUGUCUCUCGUUCCUUACGACUGUCCUUGCUGUCGUUCGUCUUGACGCCCCCGAUGGGACCCGGCGCCGCGGUGGUGGUGCCCCCCCCCGCCACCCCCUCGCCUCCCCAGCUCCUUUCCCUGCUUGUGAGACGCUCCAGAGACUCUGGGAGGGAGAGGAAGGGAUCGGGGUGGGGGGUUUUUUCCCCCUCUCUUCAGCGCUUUGUAGGAGAAUCCUUCCUUUACUGUAAACCAUUACACUAAGUGUCAGUAUUAAGGCUCAGUAGCCUGUUAAUAAGCUAGCUCUGUCGUACCAACUGUUUUGGUAUGCAAGCAGGGCCUGGGUGGUAUCAGCCAUACCUAGCUCUUACUGCUGUCAAGAGACCCAGUGCUCAGAGCACACCAGGAGCCUAAUCUAACCAUUGAUCUCGAUUGCAUUACUUGCACCUACAAGGGGGGGGGGGGGCGGGGGGGGAAGCCUGGGGGAAGCUGUCGGGGAGCGCAAGUCCGUGCCGGCGUACGCAGCCUGGAGGUACAACACUGACAUCUCGCUGGAGAAGGACGCAAGAAAUGAUCCUCCUGCCCCGUGACUGUGCCGUAUCCUGAAUGUAGGCGAUACCGAAGCCCGGCGAGCCUCGGUGGCUGCCCAGGCGGUUAUGGAUAGGGAGCUGCAGAUAACUCGCGUGCACCAUCGAGUCGGCCCCAUCGGCGUGUCUUUGCCUCCUGUCUCGCUGGUGGUCGGAGUCGGUGUGUCGGGGGCCGAGCUGUAAGAUCACUUUCUUGCCACCGUUAGAUCAAGCCCAGCACUCUCUUUUUUUGCUGUUACUCCCUUCCUCUCAUUGAGUCCCGUGUAUCCCAGGGUCUGUGCGCAUGUGAAACUCCCUUUUCCUAGUCAAAGGAAAGUAGAGUAGAAAGUAGAGCAAAUAUUGACUGAAAAUGCACAGUGCUCAAUGCAUAUAAUGCUCCUUUUUUAUCAGCUUCUUGAAUUCAACUCUUCUUGUCAGCAGGGCAGCUCCUAUUUUAAUUCUUUAACCUUUUCCUGAAAUAAAAAGUCUCAAAACCA